AUGUCUUCUGCUGAGAAGAACUAUGAAAUCCAUGACAAGGAGCUCCUAGCUGUGGUCGCCUGCCUUACUCAGUGGCAACACAUGCUAGCUGGACUACCAAGUCAACUGGUCAUCCUCACUGACCAUGAAGCCCUCAAGUACUUCAAGUCACAGAGACGCAUAACAGGUCGACAGGCUCGAUGGGCAAUACUACUAGCAGACUUCGACUUCAUAUUGCAGUAUCAACCAGGAGACAAAGGUGGUGAACCCGAUGCCCUCACCAGAAGGACUGACAUGCAACCAGCUGGUGAAGAGCAGGAUCACAAUGUGAGGCAACUACUGCCUCCUCGAGUGUUCAAGGAGACAGCAGACCAUGACUCGACCCUAGUGGCCCCUAUGCUCUCGAUGGAGUCCAUAGCAUCAAAAGGUCUCAGAGACCUGGUCAAGAUCUUCCAGCCCUUAGACCAAGAGCUACAGGAGAUACAUAGGAAGAAGCCCUUCGAACUCAAGGACGACCUAUGGUACAGUGGAGGAAGGAAGAGAUGCUACCAUCAAGGCAGCUCAAUGACAUUACUGGUGGCCAAACAUGACAGCUUGGAUUGCAGACUAUGUAGCAAGUUGUCCUCAACACCAGACAGGCCCUGGGGCUCCAUAUCCCUCGACUUCAUCGAAGGACUACCACCAUCAAAGAAGUAUGACUCCAAGACCUAUGACUCUAUCUUAGUCAUUGUCGACAGGUUAACCAAGUUUGCCAUACUAGCUCCAACCCAUAAGACAGUCACGGCCAAACAGACUGCAGUAUUGCUAUAUGGACACAUGGUUAGACUCUUUGGAUAUCCAGAUCACAUGGUAUCGGACCGAGGCAGGCAGUUCAUAUCAGGAGCAUGGAAGGCAUUUGCAGAGCAAAUGGGUGUGAAGCACUCACUUAGCACGGCUUACCAUCCUCAAACUGAUGGUCAGACAGAGAGGGUCAAUCAGGUCAUAGAGCAAUACCUCAGGAUGUACUGCAACUAUGAGCAGGAUGACUGGGUCAACCUGCUGGACACUGCAGCCUUUGUGUACAACAACACAGUCCACAACAGCAUUGGUGUCUCACCAUUCUUUGCAUGCUAUGGAUGGAACCCCAAAGCUCAUCCUGACAUCCCUCAACGACUAGGAGUCAAUGAUCCAGGUUGCUUUGAGUACCUCAUGGAUGGAAAGGAGUGUUGCAAGUACCUCCAGGAGCAGAUCAGAGAGGCACAACGGAGAUCAGUAGACCAGUAUAACAGGAAGCACAAGGACAUCGAGUUUAAGGUGGGUGAUAUGGUCUAUAUCAACCAUCGAAACUGGAAGACACAGAGACCCACACCCAAGUUAGAUACCCGGUUUGCAGGACCCUACCCAGUUCAGGAACGGGUAGGACGCCGAGCUUAUCGAAUCACAUUGCCAGCAAACCUUAGGGUGCAUGAUGUGUUCCAUGUCUCCAUGCUCGAGCCAGCAAGAACAAGUUCUCUUCCUCAACGUGCUGAACAGCCCACCAUACCAUCACUUCCAGAUGAGGACCUCGACUUCGAAGUCGAAGCACUCAUCGACAAGCGUUCACACAAUGGGACUACAGAGUACAAGGUGUUGUGGAGAGGGUACACAGAGGAAGCUGCUUCAUGGGAACCAGUAGAGAACCUCAACUGUCCCGACCUCAUCCAGGAGUAUGAGGUGUCGGAGGGGGGACGAUGUCAUGGGCCUGGAUGCUCAAGAAGCAGGAGGGUCAUGGGUUCAUAUGGAAGGAGCACAGGUAUCGAAGAUCUAGUCGAGAUCAGUAGAGAGCGUAGUGCAGUCUCCAUGGAGACCAUGGACUCCUAUGGACUCACAUGCAAAGGAGGGCCAAGCACAGCCACGAGGAGGACCAAGCUCAAGGAGCAGGCACAGCCACGAAGAGGACCAAGCUCAAGGAGCAUGCAGAUGGUUACCACUCAGGGGCUCGAGAGACAAGAGCCAAAGGAACUGUCACUGAUCAAAGGAGGAGGAGCAGUGUCGAAGGAGUCGACACCAGGUCAUGAGGAGGAGGAGCAGUGUCGAAGGAGUCGACACCAGGUCAUGAGGAGGAGGAGCAGUGUCGAAGGGUUGACAUCAGGUCAUGAGGAGGAGGAGCAGUGUCGAAGGAGUCGACACAGCUCAAGAGGCACAGGGGUGCCAAGCAGGAGAGGCCCCUGA